CCGGACUUAAUCCAGUUUGACAUUGGUCGGUCGUCUGUGUAUAAUGUAUACGUAUAUUGUGUAUAUUGUCAAUGACCCAAUAAUUAAUACACAAUAGUGUCCUAGAGACAUCUAUACACGUUUCUCUCCCGUGUCCUCGAAAUUACAAUAAUUACCAUUUUAUUCUCUAAACAAUUAUUUUGAUUUCGCAACUUUUUUUUAAGAAUCAUUUGAGUGCGUGUGUCGCGUUGUAUGGCUCGUAAAAAUAAAGAAAAUAAAAACAUGGCUCUAUCAACCAUGUUACGAGAUGAAGGCGAUAGCAGUGAAGAAGACUACCGACGAAAACGAGACAAGAACAAUCAGGCGGUUAAAAGAAGUCGAGUUAAGAGUAGAAUGCGUACUCAGCAGACAUUGCAACGUGUGAAUCAAUUAAAAACUGAGAAUGAUAUACUUGAAGAAAAAAUUAAACUUUUAAGUAAAGAACUAGGAUUUUUAAAAGAACUAUUUAUGGCACAAGCUGGCACAUCACAAAUUGAACUCCCCAAAUCUGUUGACCUUAAAACAUUAUUGAGUGACACAACAUCAGACAUUUUGGAUAAUGAUUUAACAAAACCUCAAUCUUCAUCAUAAGUAUAAUAUAAUUUGUUUAAAUUUAUGGGCACAGUUUAUUUUAUAAGUAAAAAUAAUGUUAUGAGUCAUAUUGAUUUAAUAAUUUUUUUAAUAUUUUUGUCCCAUACUCAAAAAAAAAUAUUUAUUUGUUUAUAUUGAUUAGGUUAUGGAUUUUAAAGUUUAAAUCAUUUUUUAAUGGUUUCAUUAAUGUUUGUCCAAUUGUAUGUAUGUUGUGCAAUAUUUAUAUUUAUAUUUAUUUUUUCAAACAAUUGUACAAUUUAAAAAAAAAAUUGAAUGAAUGUUUAUUAUGUGUAA